ACUGUAAUAUAAAAUAACAACUAUGAGGAACUGGAUAAUAAGUUUGUACAGGUGGCAGUAUUUGAGAAGCAGCAAAAACUGUCAAUGGAGAGUAAAGUUGUGCUGGGUCACUCCAUAAUUAUCAGCUCACUCUCUCCUCCCCCAAAAUUCUAAUUCACAAAAUUUCUCAACCCUAAUCCUCUCAAGUCAACAAACCCUCACUGCCCACUACUACAGUACUACCACCAAACAAAAUAUUCCCUUUUUUUGGCUACAACAAAAACCAUGAACCAUCAAUCCAUGAACAUCAGGAUUCAAGCACCAUGCCCCCCUUCUCCUUCUUCUCCAAGAUUCCAUCACAAAACCCCUCUAAUAUUACCGCGCGUAAAUUGCUCUAAUGAAGUGGCAUCCCAUGUUGUGCUGCACAUGGAGGCCUCAUCCGAUGUCGGAAACUCGUCUAUUACCAUGUCUAAACGUAAACGUGCCUUUGGGUGGUCUCAAAAACAAUCACUCAACAAAGAAUCAUUCCCUUUAAGGGCGUUAAUGACAUCUAGUACACAAGACACACCGGCUUCAUUUGUCAAUGAUGGAAAGAUAGGAGUGUUGUUGCUAAACCUUGGAGGUCCCGAGACUCUUGAUGAUGUGCAACCCUUUUUAUUCAACCUUUUUGCAGACCCGGAUAUUAUUCGACUACCAAGAUUGUUCCGUUUUCUUCAAAAGCCAUUGGCACAAUUUAUAUCUGUUGCUAGAGCACCCAAGAGCAAGGAAGGGUAUGCUUCAAUUGGUGGCGGGUCUCCUCUUCGCCAAAUCACAGAUGCACAGGCUACCGAGUUGAGGAAGGCACUUUAUGAAAAGAAUGUACCAGCUGAGGUUUAUGUGGGUAUGCGCUACUGGCACCCGUUCACUGAAGAAGCAAUCGAGGAGAUAAAGAAAGACGGAGUGAACAAGCUGGUUGUGCUUCCUCUUUACCCUCAAUUCUCAAUAUCAACUAGCGGUUCAAGCCUUAGACUCCUUGAAAGUAUCUUUAGGGAGGAUGAAUACCUCGUUAACAUGCAGCACACAGUAAUACCUUCUUGGUACCAACGUGAGGGAUACAUAAAAGCCAUGGCUGGCUUAAUUGAAAACGAGCUUAAAGGCUUUACUAAUCCUGAAAAGGUGAUGAUCUUCUUUAGUGCUCAUGGGGUGCCACUUGCAUAUGUGGAAGAAGCCGGUGAUCCAUACAAGGCUGAGAUGGAAGAAUGUGUGGAUUUGAUAAUGGAAGAAUUAGAGAGAAGAAAGAUAAAUAAUCCAUACACUUUGGCUUAUCAGAGUAGAGUUGGCCCUGUUGAAUGGUUGAAACCGUACACUGACCAGACGAUCAUUGAACUUGGGCAGAAAGGUGUCAAGAGUCUUUUGGCGGUACCCAUUAGCUUUGUGAGUGAACAUAUUGAAACAUUGGAAGAAAUCGACGUGGAAUACAAAGAAUUGGCAUUAGAAUCUGGUAUAGUGGAAUGGGGUCGGGUUCCUGCGUUAGGAUGUGAACCGACUUUCAUUAGAGAUUUAGCUGAUGCAGUUAUUGAAAGCCUCCCAUAUGUAGGAGCCAUGGCUGUAUCAAAUCUUGAAGCUAGACAGUCUCUGGUUCCACUUGGGAGUGUAGAAGAGCUUUUGGCAACAUACGAUUCACAACGAAGAGAACUGCCAGCCCCGGUGACGGUUUGGGAGUGGGGUUUCACAAAAAGUGCAGAAACAUGGAACGGCCGGGCGGCAAUGCUGGCGGUGAUCGUUUUGUUGUUCUUGGAAGUGAGCACUGGAGAAGGGUUUCUUCAUCAAUGGGGCGUGUUGCCGUUGCAGUUGCCAGUGUUCCCCUGAUUCUCAAAAUCAGAUAUAAUAGGGUGGGGGUGGGGUUAAAAGUUAAAAAAGGCUAAUUGUAAAGAGGAUUCUACAUAUUUUACUGCUGCUGUUGUUGUUACUUGUAAUUAUUGGAUCCACUUCACCAUCCCAUCUCACAUUUUGGUUUGCUAGUGCCCUUUUGGUCAACUGAUAUUUUAUGAAUAAAUGUAUACUUUUUACAUUAAUAGUGUAUUGUAUGUUGUUAAUAAAAAGUGGAUAUUUGAAUGUA